CAUGCCGAUGCAGCGGUAGUUUUUAUUUUCUGCUCCGGCUUUGUGUUGACGUCGUCGUUGCGUUGCGGUGCGAGGCCCCCGUUGCUUGUCUAAGCAGAGUGAACCCACGUUUCACGUAUCCUAUUUUUGUUGACUUGCGCGAGCUUCUGCGCGACUGUUCUUCGUGUUUUACUUCUACCACAUUUUGUUAUGGCUGGGUCAGCGUCAACACUCUGGAUGGGGGACUUGGAGCCUACCAUGGACGAGUACUUCGUGCAGCAGGCAUUCAGUAUGAUGGGCGAGAAUCCGGUUCACGUGAAAAUCAUCCGAGACCGGCUCACAGGGUUGCCUAGAGGCUAUGGAUUUCUGGACUUUGGUGAUGAAGAAGCCGCAGAGCGAGCGUUGCUGCGCUGCAAUGGGAAACCCAUUCCUAAUGCAAUGCAGCCGAAGACGUUCCGGCUAAACCACGCAAACAACAGCACAGGAGGUGGUGGUGGCGGAGGCGGAGGCUACCAACAACAACAAGGCUAUGCCAACGGCGGUGGCCGCCCCCAAUAUGGAUCAUCGUCAAACGAGUUGUCCAUGUUCGUGGGCGACCUCUCGGCCGACGUGGACGACACCCUGCUUUACCAGGCGUUCUCACAGCGUUACCCAUCAGUUAGAGCUGCCAAAGUCGUGUUGGAUCCAACUGGCCUGAGCAAGGGCUUUGGCUUUGUGCGUUUCUCGGAUGGGACUGAGUACCAGGAGGCAUUGGUCGACAUGCAGCACUCCCUCUUGGUGGGCUCCAAGCCCAUCCGAGUUGGUGUCGCCAACCCUCGCAGAGCCGCAGCUGGUCCCGGUGGCCAACGUGUUUUCUAUCGUAACCAGUCGUCGGACUACUAUUAGCUGCGACCUGUUCCACCAACUUUCUUGAGGUUGCAGACCCGCCGUGCAAAAGUGUUGGCUUUACUGCGUGUCUGGAUGUCUGUAACUUGCAGCGCGCUUUUAACAAAUGUUCUUUGGGUCAGCCUGUCACAUUUUAGCUGUACAUAUGUGCACUUAAAAAUGACAUAAACUUAAGAAAAAGCUAGAAUAAGUGUGAGCCUCGUUUUCAUUCUCGGCAGGGUGUGGCAUUUAGCAGGGAUUCUGAAGACAGUUACAGUUGCUUGUUCAUAGGGAAAUUGUGUGUGUUAAGUGCGAAGAAGUUUUUAAAAAUGUCGCCCUAUAUUUACUGGUGUGAAUCUUGUAUUUCGAAAAUGAAUUUUCCUCUUUCAAACUUUUUUUAUUUAAACAAUAAAAAUGGUAGGCAUGCUUGUAUUUAAACAUUAGAACAAAUGUGUUUCGAUAUAAAGUUACUACAAGUUGUGCAUAUUGCAGUUUCUCUCAUGAAUUUUCUUUUUUUCAUUGUUACAAUUUUUUUUUGUGUCUGAAUGUUUUGCAUGCAGUUUUAGUACUGUACCGAACAUGCUGCCUUGUAUGAGGACCAUAUUUAGAAGGCUUGUAUGUAAUAAAAAUCUGCUACUCAAUUUGUA